AUGAGUGCCACUAAAUCCAUGGCCACCACAGCUAUCGCCGCCACAGAGGCCACGGAUCAGUCUCUGGUGACCGACGAUAAGCCUAAAAGCGGUGAUAAUAGCAACGAUGGGGAGGAAGAGUGCGAUACUGUUGUCUCCGCCCGAGUGGUGGCCAAAGAGGCCGAAGAAGUGGUGGAAGAAGAGGAGGAAGAGGAAGAAGAUUACGAGUCGGUCAAUGAGUGCGCCUUUUGGCACAUCGAGGCCACUCUGGACAACGUGUUUCACACGGGAAUGCUUGUGGAGAUCGAGCACUCGGCCCAGAAGUACUGGUUGGCCACAGUUGUGGGCGCUUUCGGGCAACUGUUGUCACUCAAGUGGGAGGGCGCCGAAGGGGAGCCCGACUUUUGGUUCGAUCUGAAGAACCGUCGCAUAUAUCCCGUCGGUUACUAUCGGGACAAACGAGACUUCAAGAUAGAGCCCCCAAAUCACCUGAAACUGGAGACCAAGAGCAUUGUCGACGUGACGGUGAAGUACUUCUCGAAGCAACCGUCAUCGGUGGCCAAUUGCGUCAAAUUGAACUUGUUCACAAAGUACGGGUUCACCAAUUUGGCCGACAUCUUCAUGCCGGGAACCGCUGUCGUCGAGGUUAGCCACGAGUUCGAGCCCCACAAGUAUUGGUUCGCAAGAGUGGUACAGAAUUUUGGCGGUCGACUCACUCUCAAGUGGAUCGAAGACUGUUCCCAAGAGGAGACCAAAUACGAGCCGAACAAUGAGGACUACUUCUACCGAUACUUUUGCAGUCCAUGCGUUCAACACUUGGGUUACGCCAACUCGCGAGCGGCCGACGACUACUUCUACUCUACACCCAAACUGUCCAUCGAAAACAGCGAAGAGAUAAUCGACAAAUAUUUGGCCGAAAGCGGAUCCGAACUGAACGAGUACAUCAAGACCGUCAUCCAGAGCGCCAAAGAGACAGCGCCUAAGCUCUACAAAUCGGGUGGUCUGGAACAGCUGCGCGCCAACGAUCGGGUUCUCGUAUUUCCCGCUAAACUCUUGAAACUAUGUCCGGCGAGUGUCGAGUCGGUGGCCAUGAAUGGCCAGCACGUGGUGGUCCGGUGCGACGCCGACCCCGCCAUACGAUUCUGUUAUCCCAAUCACGACAACAAUUGCUUUCUGCCGCUGAGUUGGGCCGAAGAGCAUCAGAUUAGCGCCGAGUCGACGGCCGAUCAGCGCCGACACGGCUCGCGAGGCGCUCCCAUCGCCAUCCAAAAGGACUCCCGAAUUGAUGAGUUCGGCAUCAAUACGAAACUCGAGGUCAUUCAUCCGACCGACAAGAAUAAAAUAUGCGAAGGCAUUAUCAUUCGAGUCACACCACCGUUGAUAUGGAUAGAGAUCGCGUCGGACACCAUCACAGUCUUGCCGUACACGUCGACCGAUAUCUAUCCGCUCGGUUGGUGUCAUAACAACGGCUUAGAAGCGGUCAAAUUGUUGAUUAACGCUAAGAAAGCGUCGCCCAAAAUGGCGGCCAAAGAAGUGAAGACAAAGCCGUCGUCGCUGACUAUAGAGACGCCCAAACCUGAUGCCGAAGGUUCGGCGCCCGACGGGGACACAGACCCUAACCUUCCCUCUUCACCAACGAUGCCCUCAUCCCAGUCCUCGCAGUGCGGAUCAAAGUCUUGGUGUCCGCGUAUAUUCAUUAACCACAAGUGUUUCACGGGUCCCGCGCUGUCCAAAUCCAAGAUCUGCGAACUGCCCCAAUACGUGGGCCCGGGCCCCAUCACCUUGGUGCUCCAGGAGGUGAUCUCCAAGAUAAUACAGGUGGCGUACGUACCCAACCGUGUCCUCAAUGAGUUGAGUUCCGUCGGCUUCGAGGAACUGCUGAAGAAGCGGGACAUCAAGAAGACCGACGAAAUCAUGUUUAAAGCCAAAUACCAGAAGCGCACAUAUCGUGACGACGUCUUAGUGGCCCGCAAUGCGGAUCAAGUGGAAGAGUACUGCCGAUCCGUAUGCGGUCAUCUCAAGUGUUGUUAUAAUCUCUUCUCGCCGUUUCAGUUCAGCGGCGAUGACUGUCCAUCCAAUUGUCGAGGCUUAACGAAAUCCAAUAAGUAUCUGAAGAGAGCCGGUUAUUACAGAGACAAAGCCCGACACAAUCGGAUGGCGCAGAACAAGAAGAAGAUGACUCUUUUGCCCGCCAAUGGCGAGACCAAUGAAGACAAUGACAAGAACGACGCCAAUAAUGACGGCGCCAACGAUACCGAAGAGACUUGCGGUCAAAGUAGCGACAAAUUGAUGGACACAAAGCCCGACGACUCAGUCAACUCCCAGUCGAACGCUGCCGACGGCUCGAGCGAUGAGUCGACGAACAACGACAACAUUCCCAUCGACGCCGAAGAGCUCCACAAACAGCAACAGCAGAAGGAAUUGAACAAAACUGCGGCCAAAAACGGCCAAAACUCACAAUUGCCGAAGAAGUCGCUGUCAAAGACGGGCAAAACCAAAGCCAAACGCAAACGCUCUGUAAUUGAUGACGAGAUCGAAGUGGACGAGAACGAGGACACCGAUAACCCUCUCUAUUGGUCCAUCGGUGACGUUCACGACUACCUCAAGAAGAGCAACUGUUUCAUGUUUGCGCCUACACUUCGGGAACACGAAGUGGACGGCGCGGCGCUAUUACUGCUCGACUACAACACGAUAACCACUUUGUUAUACUCGGGUUAUACCCGACAGUACGGUAUCGGCGACGCGUCCAAACUGUCGGCUCUGGUCGAGUCUCUUCGCCACAAAUGGGCCCGCAUUUCGAAACGGCUGAAGAAAUGAUCCCAAUUUUAGGACAACCAUUAGAUGCUUGAAAUUCAAGAGCACCUGUAGUCGUGUGGAUCCCCCAGUCUUCAGUCACCACCACUUCUCCUACCACUUAACAUAUGUAUGGAAACUAAAUAGUGUUUGAAAUUCCCC